AUGCCGUUGUUCAAAUUCAUCGAGCAAUUCUUGACAUCCUGCCAGGUUUUCCGCUGGCAACCCGUCAUCAUCAACGGGCCCCCUACCGGCCCACCGAACAAGGUAUUCCGUCCAUUGGCGCCUCGUUCCAUCAGCGCGUGGCCGACCUGGCGCGCGCACUGUCCGCUUAGCUAUAAUGGCUUCUACCUCAAAGCUCUGUUGGUCUCAAUAGAUUGA